UCCCGUUUGAUGGAGCGGGUAGCCGGCCGGAGACACCCGGCCAAAGGCAAGGCGCCGGGCCUGCCAGGGUUGUGCCCCCCGUGCCCCCCGGCGGGACCAUGCAGGUGAACCGGCAGAGGAGCCCCCUCUACAGCGGCUUCCCCAACGCCAACCCCGCCGACCCCGACGGAUCCUACUCCCGCCAGUGCAAGGCCAUGAGGUUCUCCUACCACAUCGACGGGGUGCUGCCCCCCUCGCCCAGGCACCGGACCGGGCCUCCCCAGGGACCCCGGCUACUGGUCAAGAGCCUCUCCCUGGAACCGGGCCAGAGCUCUGAGCCCCACCCGGAGAUCCCUCAGAGUCUGCGCUCGGACCCUGGUCCCCCAAGUCACCCUGACGGUGGCCACGGUGGGCUUGGGGAGCCCCCCAGUCUCAAGCCGUCACCCCAGAAGCGGCUCCCAGGCCCCAAGCCUCAAGUGCCCCCGAAGCCCGCCCACCUGCAGAGUGGCCGCCCGGCCCGGUUACCCGAGUCGAUCCCACCGCCUCCUUCUCGUCCUCUUCCCGCGGACCCCCGGCUGGGCCGGAGCCCUCUCUCCCGCACUGACAGCAAGGAUGGAGUAGGAGCCUCAGCUGUGUCGUCCCUCAUUGAGAAGUUUGAGAGAGAACCCGUCAUCCUGGCUCCGGACAGGAGCUCCCUGUGUCCCAGCCCGGGCCUAGACUCCACCCCGGACACGGGCUCGGCCAGCGACGUCUCCCAACCCGGUGGCCCCCCGGAGCACCGAGGCCCGCUGGAGUCGGGCUGCGGCAUGGCCGAGCUGACCCACAAGUUGCUGGACAUCUUGGAGCUGCGGGACCGCGGGGGCGGGAGCGGCGGCGGCGGCGGCGGCGGCGGCGGAGGAGACCGUUCGGGCUACUCCACGGACAGCUCGGCGGAGAGCCGGCCCUGCCUGCGGGGCGAGGGCCCGCCCUGCCUGCUGGCCCACGAUGGCAGCGGCAAGCUGGCCAACCGGGACAGCGGCAUCGACAGCAUCAGCUCGCCCUCCAACAGCGAGGAGAUCUGCUUCGUCAGCGAGGAGCCCCCCGGGCCCGGCGGGGAGGCCGGGGAGCCGGUCGGACCCCCGCCCCUCGUGACCCGCAAGCGCCGCUCCACCCGGGACUCGGAGGUGGACAGCGACCUGGAGGAGGGCAGCGGGGACGAGGCGGAGCUGCCGCCCCCCAAACCCGAGAGGCAGGAGUCCGUGGAGCUGACCGUCCAGCAGAAGGUAUUCCACAUCGCCAAUGAACUCCUGCAGACCGAGAAGGCCUACGUGUCCCGGCUUCAUCUGCUGGAUCAGGUGUUCUGUGCCCGACUGCUAGAAGAGGCCCGCAGCCGGAGCUCCUUCCCUGCGGAUGUGGUUAUGGGCAUCUUCUCCAACAUCUGCUCCAUCUACUGCUUCCAUCAGCAGUUCCUGCUGCCCGAGCUGGAGAAGCGGAUGCAGGAAUGGGACCAGCACCCCCGCAUUGGAGACAUCCUGCAGAAGCUGGCCCCCUUCCUUAAGAUGUACGGGGAGUACGUCAAGAACUUCGACCGGGCCAUGGAGCUGGUCAACACCUGGAUGGAGCGCUCGGCCCAGUUCAAGGUUAUCGUCCAUGACGUGCAGAAGGAGGAGGUGUGCGGAAACCUGACGCUGCAGCACCACAUGCUAGAGCCAGUUCAGCGCAUCCCUCGCUACGAGCUGCUGCUCAAGGACUAUCUCCUGAAGCUGCCCCAGGACUCACCGGACAGCAAGGACGCCGAGAAGUCGCUGGAGCUGAUCGCCACAGCGGCCGAGCACUCCAACGCCGCCAUCCGCAAGAUGGAGAGGAUGCAUAAACUGCUCAAGGUGUACGAGCUGCUGGGUGGGGAGGAGGACAUCGUCAGCCCCACUAACGAGCUCAUCAAGGAAGGCCACAUCCUCAAGCUCUCUGCCAAGAAUGGGACCACUCAGGACCGAUACCUCAUACUGUUUAACGACCGCCUGCUGUACUGUGUGCCCAAACUGCGGCUCCUCGGUCAGAAGUUCAGCGUGCGGGCCCGCAUCGACGUGGACGGCAUGGAGCUUAAGGAAAGCAGCAACCUGAACCUGCCCCGGACCUUCCUGGUGUCAGGGAAGCAACGCUCUCUGGAGCUGCAGGCCAGGACCGAGGAAGAGAAGAAAGACUGGAUCCAGGCCAUCCACGCCACCCUCCUGAAGCACGAACAGACGCUGGAGACCUUCAAACUGUUGAACUCAUCGCAUAGAGAUGACGACGAAACGCCCCCCAAUUCCCCGAACACAGACCUGGGCCGACGGGCACCCACGCCCAUCCGGGAGAAGGAGGUCACCAUGUGCAUGAGGUGCCAAGAGCCCUUCAACUCCAUCACCAAGAGACGGCAUCACUGCAAGGCCUGCGGCCACGUGGUGUGCGGGAAAUGCUCGGAGUUCCGCGCGCGGCUCCUCUACGACAACAACCGCCCGAACCGCGUCUGCCUCGACUGCUACACGGCCCUGCACGGGGUCCCCGCCAGCCCCGCCUACAACCAGCACACACCCCAGAGGAGGAAAUCCAUUCUGGAGAAACAGGCCUCCGUGGUGGCGGAAAACAGCGUCAUCUGCAGUUUCAUGCACUACGUGGAGAAGGGCGGCAAGAACUGGCACAAGGCCUGGUUUGUGGUUCCCGAGAACGAGCCCCUCGUCCUGUACAUCUACGGGGCCCCACAGGACGUGAAGGCCCAGCGCAGCCUUCCCCUCAUAGGCUUUGAGGUGGGGCCCCCGGAGGCCGGGGAGCGGGUGGAGCGGCGCCACGUCUUCAAGAUCAGUCAGAGUCACCUGAGCUGGUACUUCAGCCCCGAGACGGAGGAGCUGCAGCAUCGCUGGAUGGAGGUGCUGGGGCGGGCGGGGCGGGGCGAGGAGGUCCGCCCCAGCCCCUCCAUCCUGGAGGCCCAGGAGGAGGACGGGGGGGACCCACCGGCCCCCGGGGCCCCAGACGACACCUAGAGCUGGCGCUCGGGGAGGGGCAGCCCUUCUUCCCCCCCGGGGCUCACGUCGGACUCACAACCUGCCAGGACUGGGGACCUACCUCCCCUCUCUCCAACGCAUUACUUGAACUCCAAUCGGGCACUUUGGAUCCUCUCCUGUAUUGUUAUUAUUUGUCUUGGUUUUUUUUUUUUAUUAAUAUUUAGCAAAACGUUUGGGUUUUUUUUUUUUACAUUCUUGUUUAAUUUUGUGUGUGUGUGUAUAGAGGAAAAGCAUCCGUCUCUGGAAGAGGCCACAUCCCCACUCUCCUCUCCCCCUCUUGUCACUUUAGCGAGGCUGUGCCGGUCCAUGCUGCCUCCCCUCUCUCCCUCCGUGAGUGCCCCGCUCAAUAAAUGGAAUCGACUCUC